AUGUCGCAAUCACAACUCAGCUAUGCAAAGUACGGAAAGGACAAUGUCCGCCUCUUCAAGGUCCGUCGUGAGCAGAACGGUGUUCAGCACGUCACUGAGAUGACUGUCUGCACUCUUCUCGAGGGUGACAUCGAGGAGUCCUACACCAAGGCAGACAACUCGCCCGUCGUCGCAACCGAUACCCAGAAGCAGACCGUCUACGUCCUGGCCAAGCAAAACCCUGUCGACCCUCCUGAGCUCUUCGCUGCCAUCCUCGGCCAGCACUUCAUCGACACCUACAGCCACAUUCAUGUCGCAAAUGUCAAGAUCAUCGUCCACCGCUGGAGUCGCAUGACCGUCGAUGGUAGUGCUCACCCUCACUCUUUCCUUCGCGACGGUACCGACAAGCGCACCGUCGAACUCGUCGCAAGACGUGGUCAAGGCAUCACCAUCAAGUCGGGCAUCGACGGCCUGCUGGUUCUCAAGAGCACUGGAUCUGCCUUCCACGGCUUCCAUAGAGACGAGUACACUAGACUCCCCGAGACCUGGGACCGCAUUCUCAGCACUGAAGUUCAGAACUCAUGGCAGUGGAAGCAAUUCAAGAACGUCGAGCAGGUCCGCAAGGAGCAAGACAAGUUCAACAAGUGUUACGAGGCCGCCAAUCAGAUCACCCUCGACACUUUUGCAAAGGAGAACAGCGCUAGUGUGCAAGCUACCAUGUACAACAUGUGCAACCAGAUUCUUGCUGUUGCUCCUGACACAACGGACAUCGAGUACACUCUGCCCAACAAGCACUACUUUGAGAUUGACCUCAGCUGGUUCAAGGGCUUGAAGAACACGGGCAAGGAUGCUGAAGUCUACGCUCCUCAGAGCGACCCCAACGGUCUGAUCCACUGCCGUGUGUCGAGAAAGGAUCCCAAGGCCAAGCUAUAG